AGUGCCGAGACAGCAGCGGCCAGAACCGAGCUGUCUAGGAAGACGCGGCGGGGAACAGCAGCGCAGCCUCGGCCAGACCGCAGCGACUGGGGUCGGCUGUCGGCGAGAUGCCUCUGUUCGCCGCCAACCCCUUCGAACAGGAUGUGGAAAAAGCUACGAAUGAAUAUAAUACCACAGAAGAUUGGAGUCUGAUUAUGGAUAUAUGUGACAAAGUUGGAAGCACUCCUAAUGGAGCAAAAGAUUGCCUGAAAGCCAUAAUGAAAAGGGUUAAUCAUAAGGUUCCUCAUGUUGCUCUGCAGGCAUUAACUCUUCUUGGGGCUUGCGUGGCAAACUGUGGAAAGAUAUUUCAUUUAGAAGUAUGUUCCCGUGAUUUUGCAACAGAAGUGCGUGCUGUGAUAAAAAAUAAGGCUCAUCCUAAAGUAUGUGAAAAACUAAAAUCUUUAAUGGUAGAAUGGUCAGAAGAAUUUCAGAAGGACCCUCAGUUUAGUCUAAUAGCUGCAACUGUUAAUUCAAUGAAAGAAGAAGGAAUUACUUUUCCUCCACUGAGGUCUCAGGCUGCCUCUGCUGCUGCCAAGAAUGGAACAUUAUCAAACAAAAACAAAGAAGAUGAAGACAUAGCUAAAGCUAUCGAAUUAUCAUUGCAAGAGCAGAAACAGCAGUGCACAGAGACAAAAUCUUUAUAUCCAUCUGCAGAAAUUCAGUUAAACAAUAGAGUUGCACGAAAAGUGAGAGCUUUAUAUGAUUUUGAAGCCGUUGAAGACAAUGAACUCACCUUUAAACAUGGUGAAAUUAUUAUUGUUUUGGAUGACAGUGAUGCCAAUUGGUGGAAAGGAGAAAAUCACAGAGGAACGGGACUCUUCCCAUCUAAUUUUGUAACAACUAAUUUAAACAUAGAGUCUGAAGCAGCAGCUGUGGACAAAUUGAAUGUAAUUGAUGAUGAUAUGGAGGAAAUUAUGAAAUCUGAACCUGAACCUGUUUACAUAGAUGAGGAAAAGAUGGAUAGAGCCCUGCAGGUGCUCCAGAGUAUAGAUCCAGCAGAUUCAAAACCAGAUUCCCAAGAACUCUUGGAUUUGGAAGAUAUCUGCCAACAGAUGGGCCCAAUGAUAGAUGAAAAACUUGAGGAGAUUGAUAGGAAGCAUUCAGAAUUGUCCGAAUUGAAUGUAAAGGUCUUAGAAGCUCUGGAACUAUAUAACAGAUUGGUGAAUGAAGCACCGCUGUACUCAGUCUAUUCAAAGCUCCAUCCUUCAGCGCAUUACCCAUCCACAGCAGCUGGGGUUCCAUUGCAGACAUACCCAGUUCAGUCACAUGGUGGAAACUACAUGGGUCAAAACUUUCACCAAGUAACUGCUGCCCAAAGCUAUACCUUAGGACCAGAUCAUAUUAGUCCUUUGCGAUCUCUACCUCCAAAUGUGAAUUCUUCAUUAACAACGCAGCCUGCUCAAACUCCAUAUUUAAGCACUGGACAAGACACUGUUUGCAGUCCUUACAUGAACCAGAACUCUAACCUCCCAUCAGCUACUGGUGCGGCCGCUUACACCCCGCAGGUGGGGACGUCCGUGGAUGUGUCACCCUACCAGAACACUCCUUGCAGCCUGCCACAGCUGGUGGGCUUUCCGGUGGCAGUUCCGGCUCACUCCGUUGCACAGCAGCAAACAAAUUGUCAGCAGCAGCCUCUCCUUUAGAGACAAACGGCUUUCUUGAAAGCCUUAAGUGUAUCUGGGAAUCCUAAAACUUCUUUCCUUUCAACUCAAAAGGACCAUGAAUAAAUAAAGCACAAAACCUAUCUUACCCUGAAGGCCAUAAAAGGAUUUUUUUUAGUCCAGAGUGUUUGAAGUCGGUGUUGUGAUCAGAGGCAGCUUAAAGGUACUGCUAGUUGGAUUUCUUGUACUUUCAAAUGUCUACAUGAAUCUGGACAACCAGUAGAUAGCCCUAUGACACUAAACAGGAUGGGAUAGGAGUGUAAAAGUUUUAUUUUAAAGAAAACAUUGUUUCCCCCUACUGUGUCAUGAUAAGAGCACUGGAGACCGUUAAAUAUUUUUUGUCUGUAUGUUUUUGUCAGGGCCUUCCACACACUAUUGUUUUAAAAGGCAAACGUGCUUUUGGGUGAGCAUUUAGCUUGCCAAAGUAUUUCCUUUUGGCUCCUUAAUUUGCAGUUGUGUUUGCAGUCCUGUCAGUUUUUUUGUCAGUGUUAUGUUGAGUAACAAUUAGCAUAUAAUUGUCUACAGAAGCAAGAGCAAUUGGGAAGGAAUAAAAAUGUUUUCUCGUCCUAACAGUGAAAACCAUGUAAAUGCAGGUGUGUGAUAAAGCAUUUAGCUUGUCCCCUGACCUCAAAAAAACAUGGCCAGUCCCAGGGGAAAUUAUUUCCUGCAAGCAUCCCUGGUAUUUGGAAUUAACCACCAAUGACCUUUUCAAGUGAUUUUUGGCCAUUGUCUUAUGAAGAUAUGAUCCAUUUGUUUUCCUUCCUACAGUGUGUUAUGCUGUAUUUCCUUUUUAGGAUUAUAUGAAACAUUCCUAAUAAUUUGAUGUGAUGUAAACCAAGUAUGGGUGAUUGGUGUGUUUUUAUUAAUGUGUAUGUUUCUUUAAGAAGUGAUUUGUUCCAUUGCUAGGCUGUCAUCAGGAUAAGUUGUUGAAAAGUUUUUUCAUUCAUUUCAGAAGUAGUUCUGAGCCUUUGGAAUUCCACAUACUGUAAAAGUUGGUAGCAAAUCAAUAAGAAUUGUUUUGUAUUGAAGAAAUUUACGCAGUACAACAUAGAAAAUGCAGAUAGGUAUGGUUAUAGAUAUAUAUUAUUUAGGCUGGCAAAAAUACUGGACAGAAGUUUAAUUUGUAAGAAAUUAAAACUUUUUGCAUGGAUACAAAAUUUCUAUAUUUCUUUUUAAAGUACUUAAUCUUUCUACAAAGAGCCCAUUUGAUGACAUUUCUGGGAAUUUUGUCAUUACCUAUUUACAGAAAUUUUAUUAUAAACAUGUUCCUUUUUCAAAGAAACUAUCCUAUGACAAAAUUUGGAAGUUUAAUGCCCGCCACUAUGUUGUUUCUGAUACAAGUAUGAAAAUUUUAAUCUUUAAUGACCUGUGGUCUGUCAUCCAGUGUUUUCCUUCCAGGUAAAUUCAGUUAUGUACAUGAAAAACUUUUUAAAAUGGCACUUUUUGGAACCAAAUCUGUUCUUUAAAAAAGAAAAGAAAAUAUAAAUUCCAAAGCUGCUUUUGAUAAUGUUUUCAUUCACAUGCAAAAUCUUACCUUUUCUUAUGAACUAUAUUUAGUAAAUGUAUUUUAGUGUUUGUGUGAAUGUGUUUUGUUUGUCAUCUAAAUUGUAGUUCAGCAUAAAUCUUUGAUCCAGUAUAAAUACUGCAUACCCAUUAAAUUGGGAUCAAAAAAUUAAGUAACCUAGCUUUAGAAUAUAAAACAUGACAUGUAUAUAACUACAUUGCCAUUUAUCUAUAAAAUUUUAUACAUGCAGAAAUUUCUUCCUCUUAAAAAUAAUUUUAUUUUUGUCUUGUAUAUGGAAUUUGUGCUAGAGUUUGUUGCUAGUAUAAAUUGCUGUUGAUCUGAUAUUUUUGGUGUUAAUAUAAGGUGGUUCUUUUUUCCCGUGACCUUAUGAAUUGUAUUUAUUUUAAGAUGUUUAUAUUUACGUGUGUUCUGCCAAAGGAAUGGUCUGAUUUAAGAUAUGUAUGUUGGGGUCAUACUGUUCUGUAUCAAAAAUUAAAACAAAAUAACUUCUACCUUUUUUUGGUAUAUUAGAAUUCCUGAAAAUUUAUAAUAGAACUAAUUUUAUAAUACAGAGACUACCCCUAGGUAUUAAAAUAUAUGAACUGGAAUAUGUUUGUGAAAAAUGUACAGCCAGCCAAUAUUAUUUUUUAGUUUGAUAAUUUACAAAAUUACUUGGUUAUUUAUUAAUUAAAAUGUUUGUCAUUUAGGAUUUGAGAUUAUUUGGAGAUACGUUGUCAUCUUACACUGUUUCAGGUAGCUUAUAUUUAACUAUAUAACAAAUUUUACUAUAUGUUGAAGAUAAUUAUAAAAUUUUAACUUUUGACUUAAAAAUUUGUGAAUGUUUAAAAAAUAUAUGGGUUGAGCUCGGGCUAUAGCUCAGUGGUAGGAGUAGAGCAUGUGUUCUUAGCAUGCUCAAGGCUAGAUUGAUCCCUAGCACUGCAAAAAAUAUGUAUGGCUUAGGAAGUAUUACAAAACCAUUUCUUAGUGAAAACCAUAAUGUUAAUACUUCUGAAUUCUAGGAGAGGACUUAUUGAAUUGUCAUGGUGAGAAUGCUGAAGUUAUUUUUAGAAGUAAUAAAUUAUAAAUAAUAUAGCAUUGAUUUAGGAUUUGCUUCUGUCAAAGGAAGUUUUCUUAAUAUCAGGUUUAGUCAGUAAAUGAGAGGACUCAAUUUGGUAUUUUGUUGUUUGAUUUAGUUUUGUUUUGAAGAUUAAAGAUUUAAAAAAAAUUUUCCAGCUGAGAUAAUAAUUCUAAUUUUAUCAAACUGUUCGAAUUUGAAUUUUUUUUUAAACCUUCCUGGUUCUGAAAGAGAAAUUAUAUUGAUUACAUAGUAAAGUCAGUUGAAUAACACCCCUCCCCAUUUUUGUCUACCUCAACACCAGCAUGUCACUUAGAAGGGCAGACUGUUAUUUUAAUUGGAAGUAGAUUCUGCAGAUGCAGUAGAAGUCAUGCUGGACUUAAGGGUGGGGUCUGAAUCUAAGACUAAUGCCCUUAUCUGAAGCAAAGACUGUGAUGCAGUAGAUGAGGCCACAGGUGAAGGUGGAGACGCAGUGGGAGCUGUGCUGUGACAGGCUGCCUGGGACCACCAGAAGCUGGAAGAGGGAUUCGAUUCUUCCCUGGAGCCUUCGGAGGGAUUGUAGCCCUGCUGACCCUCCAUUACAGACUUCUAGCCUUCAAA